AUGAAGCGGCUGUUGCUGCCUCUGCUGCAUGCGGUAGUGGUAGCGUCUUUCGUGGACGCCACAAUCGACAAGACUGGCAAAUGUUCCAUCAAAGGAUUUGUCCCCUUUACCUUCCAUGGCUUGAGCACUUCUGUGGUCGCGAGUGGCCCCAAACCUAUUGGGUUUUCCCACGCGGCAGCAGCAUGGAUGGCCAUGGAGCACUUCAAUGCCCGUGACCCGUCACUCGUCCCUGAAUUGGGGGACGACAUUUAUCAGGAAUGUGGGGUUUCCUUUGAAAUGGAUGACACACCAUUCUUUGAUACUAGCAGCAACGGGUACCAAGCGAGUCAGUUGAUGUAUAAUCACUACGAAGGAGGCGGGCGUAACUUGCCUUGUGCCAUGGUGGGACCUUACCAUGAUCAAGUUGUUACAAUCAUGGCCACCAUGUCUGCAUCUACACAAAUCCCCAUUGUGCCCAGUGGAGGUCAAGAUGCGAGGUUGUCAGAAGACCUCGUCAAUCCAUACACAAUGGUGCUUGCUCCCCGUGUUCCUGACAUCUGCUCCAGUCUGGCUGGAUUUCUUAUGCAGCACCAACGAAACGAUUUCAUUGCGAUUCUGUUCGCUUUUACCGACACUGGAAACCAAUUCCAAGAAGCGAUUGGAAUUACUUUAGAUGCCUUCAAUGUGACUCGUCGAAGAAACUAUGGGUACAUAUCUCCAACCACACCCAUUGACAUCGAAGGUCAAACUACCGAAGAUGCUGUUCGGGCUGUCAAAGACUCUGGUUAUAGAACCAUCAUUGUCAACAUGGAAAAUCCUCUGUACGAGUUGCCUAUGAUCGCCGAUGUGGCAGUUGCCGAAAAUAUGACGGAGAACUACCUCUGGAUAUUUCUCCCUCCUUUCCCUGCGCAGGCAGUGUCAGCCAUUAUGAAGUUACCGCCUACCCUGGGGAAACUCUUGGACCCUCCUAUGCCGUCCUACCAGAAUGUUCGAAAGCUGCUGACGGGCGCCGCUUUACUUCAUCCUGUGGACGGAUUUCAGGUGGACUUUGAGAAUGACAAAUUUGCCCAGGCUUGGAGAUCAGUCAACGAGUCCUUUGUGGAAAGACUCAACAACCUACCUCGUGCCGUAACCCCCAAGAAAGUUUUUACCGUGGGCGAAUACAGCAAUGCAACUACCGAGUUUUUCCGGACGUACAAGCCCGAACCCGGGUCAAGCUACAUGUAUGACGCAACGAUGCUAGUUGGAAUGGGAGGUUGCAUGGCGGAACAAAAGCAUCGACUGGCUGGGGUGACGAAUCAAACUAUAUCUGGAGAAGAACACCUUGUAGGAAUGCGCUCGGUGGCGUUCUCGGGGGCUUCUGGUCGUGUUGAAUUUGGCGAGAUGCAAGGCUUCGUGGGGAAAACCACAGGUACACGCCUACCAAAGUUUAUGACUAUAGGGGUGUUCAAUCUGUUCCCACCUUCCAUGGAGGACCCAUCAAACAAUUCGGAUGAAACGUCCUUCGUCCUGACAGCAACCUACACUAAUCUCUUGGAUCGCGUGAGAUACUCCACAAUCAACAAAAGAGAGGAUUACUUUAAACACGUCACUGCAUCGGAAUUUCACCCCUUUGUGUUCCGUGACGGAAGCACAACAGCACCUUCAGAACUUCGAGCGCUACCUGAGCAGAACUACCUGAGCCCCGGACUAAGAGUUGUGGGCAUUUGUAUGGGGGGGUUUGCAUUGCUCUGCUGCUUCCUCUGUUUGAUAUGGGUGUUCGUUUUCCGCGAACGUCGCAUUGUGACCGCAAGUCAGCCUCAAUUCCUCUACUUGUUGAUCUUUGGGGCAGCAAUGUCGUCUUUUUCAAUUUUUGGGAUAACGACCGACGAAAGCGAGGGGUUCUCCGUAGAGCAACUGUCAAGGCACUGCAUGGCAAUUGUUUGGUUAACUUCACUGGGUCACAUUUUUACAUAUGGGGCCCUCUUUACGAAGCUGUGGCGCGUCAAUAAGGUCUUGCAGUUUUCGCGAAGGCAGAUCAAUGCAAGCCAUGUGGCAUGGCCCUCCGCCAUGUUGAUGCUUGCGGCGUUGACAAUCCUGACUGUAUUUCAAGUUACCGACCCUUUGAAAUGGGAAAGAGUGGAAAUAGAUGCCAACACAGGAGAGUCGAUUGGGCAGUGCACCUCCGAGACUAUGCGAUACUACAUUUUUGCUCUUGCCGGUGUGAUGAUGAUUCCGAGUGUUUUGACCUGUGUAAUGGCGUGGAAAACAAAGGAUGUCGAUGACACUUAUUCAGAGUCGUCUUGGAUCUUCAACCUAGUGAUUGUUCAGCUUGAGAUUAUCAUUGUUGCCAUCCCUCUUGUGAUAAUUCUGAGGGAUGUCUCAACAGAUGGGAAGUAUAUUGGCCAUCUCUUCCUCCUUUGGAGCAUGCCCAUGAGCACCUUGGGCUUCAUCAUGCUGCCGAAGGUUGUGGCUCAGUACAUGGCAAGUCACGGAAUGAGCCAAAGUACUCGAGUUCGCGGGAGCGGCGGCGGCGGUGUAAGAGUUUCGGGGAUGAACCCAGAGGGCAGCCGCACCAGCAAUAGCAUGGCAAAUCAUCAGCGAAUCAGCUCCAGUGCAGAGGGGCGGCGAAGGACCUCGAAUCUUUCUGACAAAGGCGAAUUUGCGGACGGAUGA